UGUGCACAACUAAAGAAAAUUUUUUAGUUAUGUUUCCAUCAACUAAAAAAGAUGCUACUCAUGCAGAUCAAUUCAUGUCUGACUGACUGCUAUUUUAUCAAGCUCACUACAAGCAUUCUGUGUUGGAAUUGCCUCAGCAGCUUGAGAGUGUAUUGGAAAUGGGCAGUCCUUGUGCUCCCACUUCAGUUCUUGAGGACAUCAACUACAGAGAACGUUCAUGCAGCAACCUCCCAAAUGAAUUGGGGUCCCUCAAAGCUCGAGAGCUUGCAGAAGCUGGUUUUUACAAUAAUAUCCCAGAUGGUUCCUUGAAGUGUUAUAAAUGUGGAUUUUCAAUCAGCAGUCAACAUGUUACCAGCAUACAGCAAAUUCAGCAUGACCAUGCCCAAAGAACUCCAGGUUGCAGUGAAGCACAAAAUCAAUUUGAGAGGAAACCAGUAGUUGAGGGCGCUGUAGCCCUGCCAUGUAAAAGUGGCUUAAAGCCUUCACAAAUGUCGAUUGCUGAAUCAUCUUCAUCAUCAAGUCAAGAUUCUUCUGGGGCAAGCACACCAACAGUUGUUUCCAAGCCACGUUUUGUGCAAUGUAAAGGCUUUCACUCAUUUGAUUCGCUUAGAUAUGAAAGAGAAAGAUUGUCAACAUUCAUUGAUUGGCCAAUUGACUGGCUAAGUCCUGAAUCUCUUGCGAAAGAUGGAUUUUAUUAUUUGAGAGAUAAGGAUUAUUGUUCAUGUGUAUUUUGCCGCGGUAUUGUUGGGGCUUGGGAGCUUGGUGAUGUGCCUCAUCAGGAGCAUCAGCGGCACUUCCCAAAGUGCCCCUUUGUUAGAGGACACCCUGUUGGCAAUGUUCCUCUUACUCAAGGAGAUCUGCUUGCUUCCCUACCUGCUGUCGGGCCGUUAAAUACAAACUGUGACCAAAAUGGAGGAAUCAAGUCUAGCAUCAAGUGUGACUGCAAGAAAAUUCUCUCACCUUCUUCCCCAAAGGAGGAAUGCUCUCCUGCUCACUCUCCGAAACACAACCACCCUUGUCCUCAUGCUCUCACAGGCCUACCUGAAUAUGCUGGGCCUAAGCGCAAGGAAUUUUUGACUAUUGAAUCUCGGAUAAAAAGCUACAAGAACUGGCCCAGAGGGGUGAAGCAACAGCCAGCCCAACUGGCAGAGGCUGGAUUCUUUUAUUGUGGUUUGAGUGACCACGUGCGGUGCUACCACUGCGGCCAAGGUCUCAGGAACUGGGAAGAGAAUGACGAGCCCUGGGUGGAGCAUGCCAGGUGGUACCCCAACUGCCACUAUGUGCUUCUCAGUAAAGGCAUCGAGUUCAUUGAUCAGGUACGCCGAGAAAAUCCACCCUUCUUUAAAUGCAAUUCUGGAAAGAAUGGCACAGACUCCUGCAGGGGCGCCGAGACCAGCGACUUAGCUCACCAAGCAAGCACAUCUCCUUAUGUGUCACACAGCUACUCAGCAGAUGUUCGGUCUAAUUACCGAGUGCAUAUAACGGACGAGCAGCUGGAUGUUCUCAUGGAUCUCGAUGUACAGAGAGCCGUACUCGAGAUGGGCUUUGCUAGACCUGCUGUUAAGAGAGCUUUGAGGUACAAGAUAGAGGAAACGGGUGUUCCGUUCUUCAAUUUAGAGACCUGUAUUGAGCGGGUGUUGGCAUGCAGCGAGGAAAGUAAUGCUAAUGACGAAGCUCACAGGCAGCAAGAAGCCAAAUUGGCUGCCUACCAGCGAGAACGAGAAGACAGAAUUCAUCAAAGUCAUGAAGACAGCCUCCUAAGAGAAGUUAACAAUAUCAGCACUACUACUGCUGCUGUAGAAAGGACAAGCCAGUCUGAAGGAGAGGAUGUUGUCAACACCCAACGAAUAGAGAGAUUAUCUUCACUGAUGCCUUCUGCUGCCUCGCCCCCACGCGGUUCACGAACACCCAUCAUAACCAGCCCUGUGAUGCCUCCUCGCCGGUUCAAUGCUGCUGUUAGCAAUCUUAUUAGCGAUGAAACUUCUUCCCAGGGUUCGAGUACACAAUCUAACUCCUCACUCAGUGAUGAUGUUCAGUCAUUGGACCGAACUUUUGACACCAGUCAAUUGGAGGAAUAUUUCAUGGAGCAUGAGUCCAUGGAGCCAGUGGAAAGGGUAGUCCAGUUUCUUAACGAGUCAGCAAGGGAUGCUGCAUCCAACAACACCAACUCAACUCAUACUUCUCCUGUGAAUGAGGCCUUCAAUGACACAUCUACUCCUAGAGCAUCACCAAUACCCAGGAGCAUGGACUUUACCACUGGAUCUGAACCUGAAAUUAUCAGCUCUUCAGGCAUGGAUGUGAAUGUUCUUACCUCUUUGACUCCUCCCCUCUCUCAGUCCCCUUCCCUGCCCCCUUCAUCCCCUUCCUCGUCAUCCUCAACAAUGUCGCUGGCAGCAGACCCUAUCAGUCUGGAGAUGCUGCGGCAAGUAGAUCGAGUCAUCAGCAAAGCAGAUGCCACGCAGAAGCACGUGCGUCGCAACCUUUCGAACUGCUCUGCAAAAAGCUCGACGAGUUCCAAGUCUUCAGUGUGCAACCUUGAAAACUGCGAGCUCAUGGCUGUUGAAGCUGGUGGCAGCUCUGAUGGAGAGGCCUUAUCGCUCGAGGAGCAGCUGCUAAAAUCUGAGCAGAAAGUGCGCAACUUGACGGAACAAGUUGAGCGACUUCGGGAAGGCCGCUUGUGCAAGAUUUGCAUGGACGCUGAUCUGAGUGUCGUCCUUCUGCCCUGCACUCACAUGGCUACCUGCAGCAACUGCACCCUGGCUCUCUCCACCUGCCCCAUCUGCCGCUCCAGCAUCAAACAUGUCAUUAGACCUAACGUUGUGGCUUGAAGACAGUCGUGAUCCAAGCAGGAGGAUGAGUUGUGGCACGUUAUGCUUCGCGUCGUUAACCUUAUACUACACACGGCAAUGGAUUUGAUAAAUUACUACUUGCAGAGUACGACUUUUCAACUCUUGUUAUGAGGUAUAGAACGGAACGCGACUAUAAAAUUACUGUAUAUACUAACUUGGGGGUGUGCUCGUAAUGGUAUGUAUUUAACCGGAUAUAAAUAAACAUUUUUGUACUGCCUAUGCAUUCUUGAAGCUGUUAAACCUCCAUUAAACUGAAUUUUUGGAUAAUUGCUUUCUUCUCAAGCAAACUUGGCAGUACGUAGUCUAUAUGCCUUUUUCUUUAUACACUCAGAAUGUGAGCAAACUUGAUUUGUAUUAGCUUAGGUUCUAUAGUCAUGUAACGAAUAUGAAUGAAGCAUCACCUUCACCAAGUUAUUCUUGAGUAAUGUUAUAAUGUUACUCUGAUCAUUGAAGAUUUUGACUUUAACAAUAUCAAUUUCUAACCUUGCUUGUCAAUAGUUAUGGCGGUAAAGUUCAUGUUAAUGGUUUGCGAAACAACUAUUGUAUUGGUUGUCGAAUGGUCUGCUUUAUUUAUGCUGUCAGUUCUAUUAGUUUAUAGUUGAUGCACUCUGUAUCUGUAUGCCCAAUAAUCCCUGUACAAUGUACAUACUUGUUAUUGCUUUACUGUUAUGUACAGAUCUCUCUAAAAAUAACUGAUCUUAUGAAGGGUUAAGCGGCAUCGUUCUUUCUUCGUUAUAUUUACAUCACCCGCAUGCUUCGUGUUGCAAGCGUUGCAUAUGUUCCACCCGAACCGAUCUUUGCUUGCUUUUAACGGCGCCUCCCCCUUGUGAGAACUUCGUCUUCCGUUCGCCUGUUCCGUUUUCGUUCAUCCAGCUAUAGGUAGUGCCGUGCUCGCAGUGUUCUCCUGUCCAUCCCACGUAUUAUGAACGUAAAACAAAAUACAUUCUUCCACAUAUAGAAAGAAUGAGUUCAUUUAUUGUGAAUGUAUGCUUUAUUUAUGGGGAAGAAUGUAUUUUGCUGUACGCUGUCAACAGCAUUGCUUGAAUCAGUUGAAUGGAACAAAUGCGUCGACUAGUUGAAAUGUGAUACAUUUGGGCCCAGAGGGGAUAGUCUUAAAGAUAAUGCUUGAUGGUUAACAUCGAUGAUUACGUUAACAAUCAUUGUUCGUGAUUCAGUGCUUGAAAAGUGUCUUGAAGUAAAUUGAUGGUGUAAGUUGAUUAAUUGACUCAAACCGCUGUAUGUGUUUUAUGAUAUAACCCCACAUACAAGAAGUGAAUGGCAAAAACAUUGCGCACGCUGAACGCGUGGGAUAUGUCAAACUAAUCCUUGAUUGGUACAACGUCUUUCAACGUUUCAUUUAUAACGGACAACCUUGUAUCUCGUGUAUUGUAGCUUCGGUAAUCCUGUUCUAAUUAUUUUAUUUAAGAAAUUUUACUUGUUUAUAUUAUUUUUUGGAGUGUUCUAACUGUGUUUGUUUUUUUCACUACGCGGUAAGUAACAUACUACCAAUCUAAUCAAUACUACUUCGUUUGAGCCUUGUCAUUCAUUAGUUGUAUCUAUAGCAUGCGAGUUAAUGCACUUCGCGUAAGUUCUAGAUUAUUUACCUUUUAUAAUUAUAUUUUACUUCCGGCCAUUAGGCAAGUUGAACCAUUGUUCAUCAUUUAUAUUAUUUGAUCUUGUUGCAGAUGUAUUGACAUGUACUUCACUUUUGUUUUCCAGUCUCUUUAUUCAGCAAGGAGUUUCGUAUUGAACUUUGUUUCAUUAGUUAAAACAGUGCUGUAUCAAACGUGUAUUCGGCACACAACUAUGUGAUCUUGAUUAAAAGGCACAGUGAAGCAAAGAAAUAAAGACUCAAAAUAAAUUAAUUGUAAAUUAUUUUCAGCAUUCGUGAAGGCCCUUGAACAUUUAACGGUCCAUGCGUAUUUCAAACUGUCCUUAUUUAGGCUCCGAACUUCGACAUGCACGCAAUCUUCUCGGUAACGUUUUUAUAUUAUCUCUAUUUUACUGUGCAUUGAAACCUACAUAAGAUUUUCGCGUCGCGAUUACUUCUGUAGUGAACUUUUGUGAUAUAGCGAUUAAGAAAUUCGCAUUCAUGGCUUUAUUUACAUACGUAUCUCGUCGAGCUAAAUUUGCAGUUUUGUAAAACCCUUAGCUGAGCAACCUUGAAUCGCCACAUGCUGCUUGUACUGCAAAUCUUCCCUUGUUUGUUUUUUAAACCGUGAAAUGCAUCCUCUUCAUUCAACUUUAAGUUUACAGUAAUCACCAACAAUGUUACUAACCAAACCAAUAUCUCCUAUCGGAAACCAAUAUCUCUUGAAAUUUUUGUCUUACUGAUGUCUUGUAAAUUUGGUCUUCUCGAAAUCGUGAAACUUGUGUCUUAUUAUCGCAAAGAUUAAAGGUAAUAUUAUAUCAAGUCACCUUCAUCAAUGCGUUUUAAGAUACUUGGUACAGAUGGAUACUAUCUCACAUGCCACAGCUUUAAAAUGCACUCAACUGUAAACCUUCAACGGAUCUGAUUUCAGAAACCAGGUUAGAUUAUUAUAUGAAAUCCCGUAUAGCUUGUGUAUUGGUUAGCACUUCGCAAAGUGUUGGAUAAUUUUUGUUGUGAUUUGAGCUGCAAUAUUGCUUUCUUUAUUCAACGAAAGUGUAAGUGAUUGUGUCGUGUAUUUGGACAUAUCCUAAGAUUAUUAUAAGAGCCACGCCUCCCGAGAGAAGCAUCAUAUAUCCUCACAGUAGCUUUUUUAAUACAGUCAGUUUCCUUAGUAACAUUUUGAGUUGUUAAUGAUAUAAUUAACCCUUGAAUUCGCCUUUUAAUCUCGUCUAAUGUAAAGACCGCAGCGAUAAGUUCUUUUCAAUAACCUCUUAACUUUCAAUGAUUCCGGUCCCUGCUGCCAGUUUCCUCAGCCUCUUUGAACUCGUUUUCCGUACGUUCAUGAAAUGUUUUGAAAUUCAAUUCAUAAUUUAAAAGAUUGAAAUAAUCUCCCCUUUUUGCCAUCGAAUCUAUAACUCGAGUAUCCAUGAAGAUGAAGGGAAUUUUGACAACUGAUAUUUUCUUUGUUCUAGUGUCUAUAUAUAUAUGACCGUAAAUAAAGCUUAGUUUCCGCAGAAAGAAAAAUUUUCUCAAGGAUAUCUAUCACUUUUUCAUGUCAAGAAAUCUUUCACUCAAAUUCUGAAAUGUUUAUGUUGGGAUGCCCUUCUGACCAUUUGAACGAACGUCGUUUGGUCGUGCGUUUUGUAUAAUUUAAUGAUCACCUUCGUGCGUAAACUAAAGCUUUAUUUAAAUUUUAGGUGCUCAUAAAUUUACUUCGUAGGAAAAUGUUCUCCUAGCGAAGGAUUUUAGUGUGCGAAAAUAAACUUCUUUGAAUGACUAA